AUGAAGACCGACAAUUAUCUGUCUCUCUGCCUCGAGCAGGCUGCCAAGUCGCCGCUCCACUACCGCCAUGGCGCCAUCAUCGUUCGCGGCGGCAAGGUCAUCGGCCACGGCUACAACGACUACAAGCCCGGCUUCAAUGGAGGCAGUCUGAAGCACGGCAAGAUCGCCCAGGGCACCUUCGAUGGCGACGCCGUCAAGCAGCUGAAGGACAAGUUGAAGAAAAAGAACAAGCAGCAGCAGGACAUACAGCAUCCGCAGCGGCAGCCGCAGCCGCAGCAGUCUCGGGGUAGCUUUGUCCUAUUCGAGCGCCAGAAUGGCACUGGUGGUGGCCACUCGCUCAAUGAGCCACUCUCAAUGCACUCGGAGAUGAUGGCCAUCUACUCGGCUUUCUCCGCCUCUUCGACCCUCUCCUCCACGACCUUUGCCCGCGAAAAACCGUGCUUCAAACUACCGCGUAGUGAUAAACGCAAAGCCCGACUACGACGCGACGUCCUCAUGGCCUACGUCGCCGCCGUCUGCCAGACCUCGACCACUUCGGGCAAGGCGCAGGUCAAGCAGGACCUCAAUCACAACAACAAGGAGUCGGAGGAGAACAACGACAACGACACGGAGGACGAGCACAAGGAUGUGGAGGCCGCGCGGCUGUUGCUGCACAAGGGUCUGGCGUUUCACGCGCAGCAGAGCGGUCAGAAACAUCAUCAUCACCAGAACCGCAGUCAGUUAGAGACAGAGAAGACGAAGGGGAAGAAGAAAGAGAACCGAUACGAGUAUCAGUAUCAGGAUCAGUACCAGUAUGGGUCGCGUACACCACACGAAAAGCCACAGCGACAGGCACAGCCAUCUGCGUCUAAGUCGAAGAAGAAGUCGAGUGAUGGGCGUUCCAAGCGAAAGGUUAUACGAGGUUAUGACGCUACGAUAACGAGCUAUGCUGAUAACGAUGAUGAGACCACGAUCGACUCGAUUCCGGAGCAUCGUGCUAUGAAGCGAAAGAAGGACUACAAGCGAUCUGGCAAGAUGCGAACCGGUACUUCUCCGGACGAGCCGCCUGUUGAGGAUCAGCCUCUGCUCUUGCCAGAGGGACAUGCUGGCGGGCACACUGUGGCAGAUCGCAGGAAGCAUCAUCGGCUGAAGGGUGCAGACUUAUAUGUCACAAGGUUCGGCUGGGAUGGCAAGCCUGACACGAAGCCAAAGCGAAAGUCAGCCACUUCAACUACUACUCCAGCCUCCGCAGACUCUCUCGCCGACAGCGUGUCAUCGCUGUCAUUAAUCUCAGCCAGCAGUUCACAUUCUGCCUCUGGCUCACUUCAUGACGAGCUCACCAACCCCAACCCAUCGCCAUCGCACACCCCACCUCCAACCAUGGCAGAUGACUGCGGUUUCGAUCGCAGCACAAUUCAUGCAUCUCGGCCUUGCUAUCGCUGCAUCACUUUCAUGCAUAGCGUCGGCAUUCGACGUGUUUUUUGGACAAAUGAUGCUGGUGAUUGGCAGGGUGGCAAGGUCAGCGAUCUGGUCGAUAGCAUGAAUGGAGCAAUGGAGAAUGUGGCAGAUGGAGGGCCGAUGGGCAAUGGCGUGUUUGUGACAAAGCAUGAGGUUUUGAUGCUGAGGCGGAUGAUGGGUGCGAAUUGCUCCGUGGCUCAGAAGUAG